UUAUCUGUUCAGUGAUCCGAAAUGGCCGAUAAACCACUCACUCUCUUGCCCACUGGUUAUAAAUCAAGCUGCAGCGUCACAGCUUCAAAUCACACACAGAGAGAGAAAAUGGGAGAAACACUUGGAGAUCGUAUUGGGUUGAGCGACGAAGUCAUUAAUGCAGCGGCUUCUCUAGCCAUGGAAGCCCACGAUUGCACUGGUAAGCCAUUUCUUCGCAAGAAAGGCUUACCCGUUACUGUUUUUGCAUUUGCUGGAUCUUGGCUUCCCGAUGAUUGGUGUGCACAGCCACCUUUUGGAGAAACGAAGAUGGAUACUAGUAACUUUCCUUCGCUUAAAAGUUUAGGCGAUGAAGGAGUCGCUCUGGUCAACGGGUCGUUUCUCCGGCGAUUCAAUGCCAUCCAAUCAUCACUUGCCAAAAAGGUGAAAAAAGUAAUUGGAGAGAAGAAGCAAGUUGUUUUCACCGGCUACUCGUCGGGUGCUCCGGUGGCCAUCCUGGCAACUCUAUACCUCUUGGAGAAGUCAGAGCCCAAUCAGAGCCCACCCCGCUGCGUCACUUUCGGAUCCCCCCUCGUCGGUGAUCGGAUCUUCGGUCGUGCUGUCAGGCGGGAGAAAUGGUCCGACCACUUCGUUCAUUUUGUUAUGAGAUACGAUGUGAUCCCUCGGAUUAUGCUUGGCCCUUCAUCCACUGAGCACAAACAAAUUCUCGAUUUCUUCAAUCCCAGAUCUGAAUUCUUCAGAAAACCCAUUGAUUCUCCUUUAGGUUUCUAUUCCAGCGUGAUGAGGAAUGCAUCCUUGGUUGCAAACUAUGAUGCCUGCAAUCUCAUGGGAUGCAAAAUCCCGGCGUUGGAAACUCUAAGGAACUUCAUUGAGCUCAGCCCUUAUAGACCUUUCGGAACUUACAUCUUCUGCAGUGGAAGUGGAAAACUGGUUGUCGUAAGGAACCCGAAUGCAGUACUGCAGAUACUGUUUUACUGUGCUCAGUGGAGCCAAGAACAAGAUGCACAGGCGGCAAAAAAAGGCCUAAUUGAACACUUGGACUACCAAAAGGAACUACAGAGCUUAGGAAAGCAGAAUGUAGUCUAUCUAGAUCAUCUGGAAGAGCUUCCGGUGUCUUCUGAUGGCAGUCCAGCCACAGUCAACACGACCUUGAAUGACCUCGGCCUGAGCACACAAGCCAUGCUAUGCCUUCAAGCUACAGGAGAGUUGGAGAAGCUAAAGUCAAGAAACCAGGAUAAGAUCAUUAAUGAUUAUAAGCAAAAGAUUGAAGGUGAAUUAAAAAAGCUGAGUAAGUACAAGGAAAAGGCCGAGACUUGCGGACUGGGCUACUAUGAUUCCUUCAAGCUCCAAGAAAAAGAAGAUGACUUCCAGGCUAAUGUGAGCAGGCUUGUGCUAGCUGGUUACUGGGACGAGAUGAUGGAAAUGUUAAUAGCGUAUGAACUUCCGGAUGAAUUUGAGAAGAGCCAUGACUUUAUACGACUUGGAACCGAUUAUCGCCGCACGGUUGAGCCUCUAGAUAUUGCCAACUUCUAUCGACACGCCAAGGAUGAAGAGACAGGGUUCUACGUGAAAAAGGGGACUCGACCAAAACGAUAUCGAUACAUCCAAAAUUGGCUCGAGCAUGCUGAAAAGAAGCCAUCUGGAUCCCGCUCAGAAUCCUGUUUCUGGGCUGAGGUAGAGGACCUCCGCAUUAAAACUAGAAGCAACGGAUCCUCUCCAGAAAUUAAGCAGAAGGUUCAGCAACUGGGGCAAAAUCUUAUUAAAUGGAUUGAUGAUGAAUCUUUGGGCAAGGAUGUGUUGUUGGAGAAUUCCACCUUUGUUAAAUGGUGGAAACCCCUUCCUCCUGAGUAUAAAUCAGAACCCGAAUCAUCUCGCAUUAUGAAACUCAUCCAUUAGAAAGAUUGAGAGGGUUUCAUGCUGUUAUCUCGAGGCAUUUGUUCAAAGCCAAUAAACCCUGUAAAUAAGCUCUAGCUUUGACUGCUCUCUUGAUAA